UGGGUUGUGACAUUGCCUCUCCAUUUCGCUAAAGAGGAAAAGAUAGGCAUGAGUUCUCUAGCUUUCUUGGUUCGCUUUAGAAGAUUGGCAUAGUGAUCCUCAUUAAGCCUCGAAGAAACUUUAUAAAACAGUAUUUGCUUGCCAAGUUAUAUAUAACACGCGCUCAGAGAGACAGGGAAAACACAAGCUUGGCACAAAGAGAGUCCUGAGACCGAGUGAGGGUAAGCGAUGGAGAAGACAAGCAGGAAGUUGGACCUAAGUUCGACGUCUGAAAUUGGAGAUGGUGAUCAGACUCUUCAUCAUCAGGUGCCUGUGGAUUGGAGAGGAAGACCUUGCCGAGCCAACAGACAUGGCGGAAUGACUGCCGCUAUCUUCGUUCUCGGUCUCCAAGCGUUUGAGAUGAUGGCGAUCGCUGGGGUUGGCAACAAUCUGAUAACGUAUGUGUUCAGCGACAUGCACUUCCCUCUGUCCAAAUCCGCCAACAUCGUCACCAACUUCGUCGGCACCAUCUUCCUCCUCUCCCUUCUUGGCGGCUUCCUCUCCGACUCAUACCUCGGGAGCUUCUGGACCAUGCUCGUCUUCGGCUUCGUUGAGCUUGCGGGUUUUAUACUACUGUCCAUCCAAGCACAUCUCCAAUCACUAAAGCCACCAAAAUGCAACAUGACUGAUGCCCAAGGGUCCCAUUGUGAGGAGGCUAGUGGUUACAGGGCUCUCAUAUUUUAUGUGUCCCUUUGCCUAGUGGCACUUGGGAGUGGGUGCUUGAAGCCCAACAUCAUCUCCCAUGGGGCUGACCAGUUCAGGAGGGAGGACUCCAGGCAGUCCAGGAGGCUCUCCACCUACUUCAAUGCCGCCUACUUUGCCUUCUGCACCGGGGAGCUUGUCGCCCUCACUGUCCUCGUCUGGGUCCAGACUGACUCUGGGAUGGAUGUAGGCUUUGGCGUCUCUGCCGCCGCCAUGGUGGUGGGGCUGGUCAGCCUGAUCUCAGGAAUCCUGUUUUACAAGAACACGCCUCCUCACGGAAGCAUCUUCACCCCGAUAGCCCAAGUUUUUGUGGCUGCCAUCACAAAGAGAAAGCAGAUCUGUCCUUCGAAUACUGACAUGCUUCAUGGCAACAAAAUCAAUGAAUCUAACGAUCAGGUUGCCUCUGCAGCCGAGAGCAGCAAUCUCCGCCACACCGAGAAGUUCAGAUUCCUAGACAAGGCCUGCAUUAAGAUACAAGAUGGAGCUCGGGACAGCGAAAGCCCAUGGAGACUCUGCACGGUCAGGCAGGUGGAGCAGGUGAAGAUCAUAAUCUCGGUCAUCCCGAUAUUCGCCUGCACCAUAAUCUUCAAUACCAUCCUAGCGCAGCUCCAAACAUUCUCGGUCCUACAGGGGCGUUCCAUGGACACCCGAAUCAAGGACCACUUCCAUGUGCCCCCAGCGUCCCUACAGGCCAUCCCUUACCUCAUGCUAAUUGUUGUCGUCCCACUGUACGAGACCUUGUUUGUCCCGAUCACCCGUCGCCUGACUGGGAGGGACUCAGGGAUCUCCCCGCUCCAGAGAGUCGGUAUCGGGCUCUUCAUUGCAAGCUUCUCGAUGGUCUCUGCAGCUCUGGUUGAGAAGAAGAGGAGGGACUCGGCGCUGCAGCAUCAUGAGACUCUCUCCAUAUUCUGGAUAGCCCCACAGUUCCUCAUAUUUGGGCUCUCGGAGAUGUUCACUGCGGUCGGGCUCAUUGAGUUCUUCUACAAGCAGUCGGUCGAGGGGAUGCAAUCCUUCUUGACUGCCAUGACUUACUGCUCCUACUCAUUUGGGUUCUAUCUGAGCUCACUCCUGGUCUCACUGGUCAACAAGAUAACCUCAACUUCAUCAUCCUCUGUUGGUGGGUGGCUCAGUGACAAUGACCUCAACAAGGACAGGCUUGACCUCUUUUACUGGUUACUGGCUGCACUAAGCUUCAUUAACUUCCUCAACUACCUCUUUUGCUCUUUAUGGUACUCUAACAAGCUAUCUCCAUUAUCUUCAACAUCACCAAUCAAAUCCCACAUAGGAGGAGACGCUGUACAAAGACCACAGCUGGAUCAACCCACUUGAACAUGAAGGAUCCUGAUCAUGUUGCUCAAAUUAGGCCCGGGUCUGCGAUUAAUUUUGUCGAUCCAGUUGACUAGAUAUCCUACUGAUCACUUAGUGAAAAGCUAGCAAUAGGGUGAUUAUUACUGUUUUGGGAAACUCUGGCACUCUCUGGCUAGAUCAAUGGUCAUGUCUUCCUUUUCUUUUUCUUUUUUCUUCCUGGAAUCAACUUUUCACCGUGUGUGGGGGACACGAGGGGUCCCCCAUGUUGGCGAGGCUAUCGCGAGGAAGUUAGGUCUAGUCCCACAAUGCAAACUAUCAUCAUGGUUCAGUGACUUCACCUAGCUUGUAUGUGUCUUUAUGACAAUAUGUUCAUAUAUAUAUAUAUAUAUAUAUAUAUAUAUAAACCUCCUGUAGUCACUGUCUUUCUCUGGAUGAAAAAGGAGGGCAUGUUAAGUGGUGGGGGAUGUGCUGUGGCUUGGUGCCGUGUCUGUGCCUUUUCCCAUCGUCGUGAAAGGAACCCUUCCUUUUGAAGGCGAAUCUAAUAUUUAUCAUGAUGUCGGUUCAUGAAUCAAUGUGGAAUACAGUGCUUGCUUGUGAGCAUUCUGUC